AUGCCUAUCCUCUCAAGUCUCAUUUGUGCCUUGAGCAUAACAAGUGCACUGGGUUCAAGUGUACCCAAAGCGAAACAAUUCUCCCAAGAAUUUCGCGACAACUACAGCAUCCUGAAACAUUAUGGUGGCAAUGGUCCUUACUCAGAGCGUCGCUCCGACGGCAUUGCGCGCGAUCCGCCGGCAAGCUGCGCUGUCGACCAAGUCAUCAUGAUCAAGCGCCAUGGCGAGCGCUACCCAUCCCCUGCCCUGGGCGCAGGCAUCGAAAGCACACUCUCCAAAUUCGACCCCAAAAUCACAUACCAGGGCGAUCUAUCAUUCUUCAAUGAUUGGUCCUACUACGUCCCCAACAAGUGCUUGUAUAAUGCCGAGACAUCGUCUGGUCCUUAUGCAGGUUUGCUAGAUGGCUAUACUCACGGCACCGAGUACCGAGACCGGUAUGGCCAUUUAUGGGAUGGGGAUGCUAUCGUACCCAUGUGGAGCAGUGGCUAUGGACGGGUGAUUGAGACGGCGCGCAAGUUCGGAGAAGGCUUUUUCGGGUAUAAUUAUUCGACCAAUGCGGCUCUGAAUAUUAUCUCCGAGAGCGAGCGCAUGGGCGCGAACUCGCUGACGCCGGUUUGCUAUGCGGAUCGCGACACUGCGACUUGCGAUGGCUUGACAAAUACCAUGCCGCAGUUCAAGGUUGCGGCGGAGAGAUUGAACGCUCAGAACCCCGAACUGAAACUGAAUGAGACAGAUAUUUACUAUCUAAUGUCCAUGGCGUCAUUCGAAUUGAAUGCACGCGCUUCCUCGGAAUGGAUCAAUGUCUUCACCCAGGACGAAUGGGUUAGCUUCGGCUACGUCCAAGAUUUGAACUAUUACUACUGCGCAGGCCCGGGCGACAAGUCGAUGUUUGCUGUAGGCUCCGUCUACGCAAACGCAAGUUUGACCCUUCUCAAUGAAGGUCCCGAGAAAACCAGCCCUCUCUUCUUCAACUUUGCCCACGAUACAAACAUCACCCCCAUCCUCGCAGCCCUUGGCCUCCUUACCCCAGACGAAGACCUCCCAUUAGAUCGAAUCCCCUUCGGAAACCCAUACUCUACCGGCGACAUCGUGCCGCAAGGUGGACAUUUCACAAUUGAGCGCCUGAGCUGUGACAAGACUGCUGCUUCAGAAGCAGGGAGCUACGUCCGUCUCGUUCUCAACGAAGCAGUUGUCCCCUUCAACAAGUGUACAUCAGGUCCUGGAUACUCAUGCCCACUGGAGGAAUACUCCACCAUCGUGAAGGGGAUACUGCCAGACUACGUCGGGCAAUGCAAGGUCCCGCAUAAGGAUCCGAAAAGUUUGAAAUUUUGGUGGAAUUAUAACUCUACCACUGAGUUGAAUUACCGAAACGGCUCCGUGCCUUGUCAGGAGGCGGAGGCUGAGCGGUGA